AUGCUGAACACAUGAGCACCCUCGAAAAUACCAGUCAUAAAUCCUGAGUGUUUCAGUACUGAGCCGUGGGUCUGUGUAGGACUUUCCGUACGCGCUCGGUGGCCACCAGUGGCAGGGAGCUGAAGAUGGGGGUGCUGGCAGGACUGCACCCUCUCUCAGUUGUUGUUACAGUGCGUUGCUUUUUUCCCCAGAACACACUGACUGCAGAUGACCAUUCACCUGAAGACAGCUUCACCCUGAACCCCGAGGACAGAAGAGAAUACCCUGAUCUCCAGGCUGCCCACCGGCCCUUCCCUAAGCAGCGAUUCAGGCAGGAAAACGGGCACACGUCUUUGCAAAGAGAUGGACCCAGAUCUUUUCUGCUGGAUCUCCCAAACUUCCCUGACCUGUCAAAAGCAGAUAUCAAUGGGCAGAAUCCCAACAUUCAGGUUACCAUUGAAGUGGUGGAUGGCCCCGACACUGAGACAGACAAGGAGCUGCAGAAAGAGAGCAGCAAGCCUAGCUGGCCAGUCCCAUCACCUGACUGGAGGAACUGGUGGCAGAGGUCCUCCACCUUGACUCGCAUGAGCAGCGGUGACCAGGACUACAAGUAUGACAGCACUACUGAGGACAGCAACUUCCUAAACCCUCUCGGUGGGUGGGAUAGUCAUGCACCCAGUCACCGGACAUUUGAGUCCAAGGAGCAGCCAGAGUAUGAUUAUAUUGAUGGCGAGGGAGACUGGAGCCCGUGGUCCCUUUGUAGCGUCACCUGUGGGAGUGGCAAUCAGAAGCGGACGAGGUCCUGCGGAUAUGCCUGCACCGCCACCGAGUCCCGGACCUGUGACAGGCCCAACUGCCCAGGGAUUGAAGAUACCUUCCGGACAGCUGCCACAGAAGUGAGUUUACUUGCAGGAAGUGAAGACUUCAAUGCUACCAAACUGUUUGAAGUUGAUACUGAUAGCUGUGAAAGAUGGAUGAGCUGCAAAAGCGAGUUCUUGAAGAAAUAUAUGCACAAAGUGGUCAAUGAUCUUCCCAGCUGCCCGUGCUCCUACCCCAGAGAGGUUGCAUACAGCACUGCUGAAAUCUACGAUCGAAUUAAGAGGAAAAACUUUCGCUGGAAAGAUGCAAGUGGUCCAAAGGAAAAACUGGAGAUCUAUAAGCCCACCGCACGGUACUGCAUCCGCUCCAUGCUCUCCUUGGAAAGCACAACACUUGCAGCGCAGCACUGCUGCUAUGAUGAUAACAUGCAGUUGAUUACCAGAGGGAAAGGGGCAGGUACACCAAACCUGAUCAGCAUCGAAUUCUCAGCAGAACUCCAUUACAAAGUGGACAUUCUGCCUUGGAUUAUAUGCAAAGGUGACUGGAGCCGAUACAAUGAAGCACGGCCUCCAAACAAUGGGCAGAAGUGUACAGAAAACCCUUCAGACGAAGACUACUACAAGCAAUUUCAAGAAGCAAGGGAAUACUGAGAAGAUUUUCUUCCUCUUUGGACACAAAAUAGCAUUCGUUUCCUGGAUGCCAAAGAACUGAUAACGGCUGCUGCAUUGUCUCAUGUCAAUGAGCAUUGUCAUGUGCAUUGAUGCAUUGACAGGGGUUGAUCAGUUUCUCUCUAAUGAAUGUAUAUAGUUGUAAUAUAAUACGUAAGUAUUUUUCAUAGUGUGUGUAAUUUAUAAACACAUAUCUCUCUAUCUCACACACACCUAUUUUUACAUACAGACAUACAUAAAACUUGUCCUGCUAGGAUGUUAUACUGCAAUAAUGUUCAUUUAAUAAUGUGCAUUUCAGUUUAUUCCCCAACUGUAACGUAAGUGUGCAGUGGGGCAGGGGCGGCUGCCAUCACCAUCAGGCCCCAGGGCCCCAGCUGAGGAGGACACGUAUUUAAAAGUUGUUAUAAACAAUAGGAUUGAAGAAUGUACUUUUCCAUAUGGGAAUGGUUUACAAGAUUAAUGCACCUACAGCAUCAGUUUUCUCUAUAAUUGGUUUCAUGACUAGUCAUAUCUAAAAAAGGAAGAUUUUUUUUUUUUUGAAGGGUAAUACUCAAAAGUGAAUAUAGACAGUUACUAGCAAAUUUUUCGUGGAAUUCUUCCUGUUACCUUCUAGCUCAGGUCUUUGCAGUCCAUCUGGGGUAGGCUUGCAGAGAGAUGUAGCUGUGGUUUUCCUGCAGAGCAGGAAAAGUCCCAAUACAGUGGUUCUGCAAGAGUUACAACAGCCCACUCCUGGAGAUGUCUCAGGUACGGAGCUACAGCUGUCAGGGCUUACAUCUCGUGCUGGGGAGCAGGUCUUCAGGGCAGCUACCUGGAAACUAAGCAUGUCCUACAUCUGUGGAGGAGUGAGGCCAAAGAAGGAAACCAGGCCAAAGGAAAAAAAAAAAAAACAAAAAAACCAACCCAAAAAUCACAGUUACUUCCCAG